GAAACGUCAAAUUGGCGGGUUCUAAAAUUAAAGUGAUUGUACUAUAUCCUUUGAAAAAUUGUCUUAAUUUAUUCAGGAACAGGAACGCUAAGAGUAUAUUCAACACAUGAUAAAAUAUGUCACAGGAUUAUGAUGUAUUUGCCGAUUUGUAUGACAAUGAUAAAGAUGAUAAAGCUAAGGUUUUGGAGACACUCACGUAUCGCAAUGCGACUUUGUUAAAGAACGAUACUUCAGACGAAGAAGAUUUCCUUGUACCAAGUAAACAAAAUAAGGGGAAAGGUCGUGGUAAAAAAGCGGGAUCGACUUCAAAUAAAGAAUGCGCAGUAGCAAAAGCGCUUUCUCCAACCAAGAAUUCGAGGAAAUCGCAGUCAGAGCCGGAUAAAGAUGCGUUCCAGAAAUCUGCUGAAGAGCAAUCAACGCAUUUAGAUGCAUGCGAGCCGGUGGCUCGAAGGCGUACUUCACGCAGAAACGCGGCUGUGUCGUCUGAAAUAACAACAGAUUCCACUGCAAGUACAACAGUAACUAGCGCUCCAGCAAGAGGUAGAAAGGGACGCCGUGGUAGAAAUAGCCGAGAAAUAAAUGUGCCUACAGUGGAAAGCAUCGAUACGAUGGUAAUUGCUGCAGUAAUGAGCCGAGAGGUGAGUGGUCCAAGGCGCAAUGUAAUGCGGGCUCGACGCGCUUAUUUAAGUGAAAUCGCUGCGCGUGCCACUAACGUUGACUACAUGGAUUUGGUGUCGAGUCCAAUACCACACAUUGAGGGUGUUAUUACACUUGACUCUGACGGUGAGGAUAGCAUAUCUAAUAAUAAUGUUCCGAGUUCGGGUACAGAAACACCAAACACGUCCAAUGCUGCCACACUGGAUUGCUCAUUUGAUGAAGAUAAUCCAGAAAUUUCAGUAAAGAUAAAAUGGGAAGGUGGGCGACCCGAAAUUUUUCAGCUACGUCGACAUCAAAAAUUUCACAACAUUUUCAGUGAAAUUGCCGACCGCGAAAAUAAGCCAAUUAAUAACAUAGUUUUCAACAUUGAUAAUCGAAUAAUAGCGCCGAACGAUACUCCUGCCAGUAUUAACUAUAAGGUUUAUGAAUUUAUUAGUGGACGCGAGCUAACCGAGUCAUUCGAAGUAGGCACUGUGCGGAAGAAGCGUGAUGCUAAUGUAAUUACGUUGAAAAUUCAAUCAGAUUUAUGGCCAAAAAGACCACUAAAAGUGGAGCUAAAUAAAUUAGAUAAAUUAAAAAUUUUAUAUAUCAAAUGUGCUGAAGAACUAAAAAUGUCAGCUGAGGAUCUUGUAUUAAGUUUCAAUGGAGAUCAAUUGGGUUUCAACGACACGCCUGAUGAUUUCGAAUUCGAAGGUGAUGAGGCUAUUGAUUUACGUGUAAAGAAGAAAUAAAAUUGCCGUUAAUGUGUCUUUGUUUAAACUA